CCGAUGCCGCAGAUGAUAAUAUAGACUAGUAUAGUAUGUAUGUGCUUUUGUAUGGAUGAUGAUACAUUAUAUUUCUCGGUGAGCCAUCUACGGUAACUAUUCUCCGAACAUCCCAGUCAUGGCUUGCAUAUGAUUAUGACGGCGUGUCUCACUAAUCAUGUACUGGUUUACUGCAUAUGUGGCAUCCCCGUUCCAGUCUAGGUCAUGUGAUGAGGAUUAUAGGUGUCGUACGCACGUGUGUGGGAUUUGGUUUCGAUACCUAUCUAUCUAUCUAUUUAUUCGCUUAUUGACUGGCUGUGUCUUCGCGUUGUUGAUCGGAGCUGGGUAUGUAGGAACGGUACCUAAUCAGUCAGUGCCAGUGAGUUCUAGGACAAAUCAAUGGCUCUAUUUAUAGUACAUUGUUAUGAAGAAACUGGUCCAUAAUUGGCUAUUUGUUAUUGAGUUGUCUAUGGUUGUUUCAUCAUGAAGGGAGUCGGGG